AGAUACGUAUAUGACUGGUUAUAGUGCAUAUCGAUUGGAUCCCGGUCCACUUGAACCAUUGGUACUAACUCAACAACUUACUCAUAGGUCACGGGAUAUAUGGAAUGGAAGUGUUAAUAUGAUUUUAAAUACGAGGAGGUGUGAUGGAAAAUUUUGGGACCUCGUAAAGAAAUAUCUCAUUCAUCCACGAGUCUUAGAAAUGAUUGAAUUAUCGGGACUAUAUGGUGUUUAUAGAUCAAAUCGAUCUUCUAUUGAUCGUAGCUUGAUCACUUCACUAGUAGAGAGAUGGCAUCCCGAGACUCAUACAUUUCACUUUAGAACGGGUGAGGCGACAAUCACCUUGCAAGAUGUAGAAGUGUUGUAUGGUUUACCUGUGAAUUGUGAUCCAGUACUUGGUGAUGAGUCGAUAAGGACCAUAGGGGAUUGGCAAAAUAUUUGUCAAAGAUUGUUAUGUUUUAUUCCAUGUCCUCAAGACUUCAACCGUAGUAGCCUCAAGGUAACUGCACUUAAUGCGCAUAUGCUCGAGCAACUACAGUUACCUGACUUGACAACACAAGAAAUGAUCGAUCAAAUGGCUAGAUGUUACAUGUUUUGGAUGAUUGCUGGUAUGAUGAUGGCAGAUACAUCUGGCAACUAUCUAAAGCUUAUGUACCUUCCUAUGCUCGAGGAUCUCAAUGUAGUUAGCUCUUACAGUUGGGGUAGUGCGACCUUAGCGUGCUUGUAUCGCUUUCUCUGUAAGGCCUCACAGAGUAACCAAAAUGAGAUAGCUGGCUUUCUACCAUUGCUUCAGGUAUACUUAAUAAUUACAUCAAUUCAUUAUAAAUAUUUCUUCUAGUUUAUAAUAUCAUAAUUAUAUAUUUAUAUAUUAUGUUUAGAUAUGGGCAUGGGAGAGAGUAACCGUCCUCAGACCUCAGGUAAAGCACAAAGGGACAUCGAAAAUAAUUUUCUUGCUUGUUUACCUAGGGGUCCACGUGCUACUAGAUGGUUUGCACAUUUUAGUUGGACUGAUACCACUAAGCAUGUGUUGAAAGUUUUUAGGGAUGCACUUGAUUCCAUGACAGAAGAUCAGGUAUGAUGUUAUACUGUUUUUAUUUAAAAAAUUAUGUAUAUAUUGUAGUUGAAACUCAUGUACUUUUCUUUAUGUACUUUAUUUGUAAACCAUAUUCGGAUGACUUAAUUGAGAGUCUUCCUGAUUAUUGUCGAAUUGAACGAGACAUAUGGCGUGUAAGAGCUCCAAUUUUUUGUUGGGAUAUCGUUGAGGUUCACUUGCCUGAUCGAGUUAUGAGACAAUUUGGAUUAAAACAAACGAUACCAACUCCAUUUCUAUUUGACGCCACACAUUUUCACCAUGAUUGUAGGGGCAGACGAAAUACAAAUUGGAACUUGGAGCAUGCACAAUGGUUGCCUCUUUGGAACCAACGACUUCAAUAUGUUUGUGAUGCUCCGGUCAAUCGUGAAUUACUUCGAUAUGACGACCCUUACCUUAUUUGGUUUAGACGCAUUACUCGUCUUGUUAUUGGUAAUCCUACUCAGCGUCCUCAACAACAAGAAGGUUAUGUGCGCAAUUCAACGACAUAUGAAACAAUGGUGCGGCAUAUUCAUUCCAUGGUUGAUAGAGCAAAAGCCCUUGGUGAUCAGCCAUCAAUAGAGGAUUUAUACAUAUUUCGUGCAAUGGUCCGAAAUGAAGGAGAAAAGUGCUUGACAUAUGUGCACGAGGCUGCUAGGAUUAAUGUACAAGCCGAUUAUAGAAGAGAUGAGGUACACGAUGAUCAUUUACAUCAUCCGGUUCGUAGGCGAGGAAAAGGUGGUGUUGGCGGUAGGAGGGCUCGUGCUGUUGAGAAAGGACGAGCACCUAUUGAAAUGGAUGAAUCAGUCUCCGAAGAUGAUCACACAACUUGUGAUUUUUGUUCCAUUUCAAGGGGCCAAACUCAAGAAUUCACUCUCGGGGCAUCAGGUAUGACAUAUCAACCAACAAAUACUGAUAUUGUUCCAUACACGGCAUCACAAAUAUUAAGGAAUUCUACUCUUUCAUCACUUGAGAAUGUAUUUGGUGGUUCUCGACCUCAACAUAUUGAGAAUGCCCCCAACUUUAAUUCAUCACCUGGGCUGCCAAUGACCAUUGAGACCCCUGGUGUUGUUAAUCAUUUAGAGGACUCCAACAAUGAAGUGGAGAAUGCAAAUGAAUGUGGUGAACCAUCAGCGAAGGAGAAGCGUAGGAUUUUUCCUAAGCGUUGUGGGACUGGGAGUCACUAUCUUUACCAGCAUGGCAGAAAAAAAAAGUAACGAGAAACAAAGAACUGUAAUUGAGAGGUUUCAGGUUGAUGCAGCUUGUUGAUAUUCUGGAUAACCCUUGGUGAAUAGUAGAGAUAUUUUGUGAAGAAUGAAGCUACUAGUAAUUAUUUUGUAAAGCAACAUGAUCUAUGAAUACAUGAAUGUUUCAAUUAUUUUCUAUUUAGUUUGUGUUUUUCAAGUAUUCCAUAAUGUAACUUCAAGUUUGUGAAAAGUGAUAGAUAAC